AUGGCAUCCUCGCAGCCAGCUCCGGCGCAGCCAAAGAGAUACCAGUACCAGCUCUUCCCUCGAGAGAGGCAACUGCCCGCCCUCAACAUGAACAAGGCUCCAGAGCUGGAGAAGGUGAUGGAGGUGGCCGUCGCGGACAAGGAGAAGGAUGACCAGCAGGCUGGCAAAUCCACACCCGCGAUUUCGCUCAAGAGCAAAAUCAGCCAGCACAGCCUUGUCCGCCGUCGGAAGAUCAGUGUGCCGGACCUCGGGCCCAUGACCACAGUUCAUGAGGUACCCAUGGAUUCACGUACGUGGCUACCGAGAACCGGGUUCUGGUUCGGACGUGGAGCUGACGAGCCUACAGCAACCAUCCCUGGGCGGCCGGCGAUCCACGAGCGGUCCACCAGCGCUCCCGCAGAUGACAUGAAAUACAAGAAGCGGCAGCAGAGGCAGCAGGGCCAAGACCAGGAGCCCAUGAAGUCGUUUCUCUUCGUCGACCAGGAAGAGGAGGAGCAAGGACAGAAGACCGGCGAGAUGUCCUUCAAGGAGUACGCUGAGAGGAAGCUCUCGUCGGCCCUGCCGAGGCAGCUCGCCCCGCUCAUCAUACCCGGAACCUCGGCCAAGUCGUCAUCCCAGACACUCGACAGGAACUACCCGUACAGCGCACUGCCCGGCCCCGAGGCCAUCCGGAGCACCACCUCGGUCCACAACAAGUCGGCAUCGGCAUCCUCGUCAUCAAAGGGCAUCCUCCUCCCCAGCACACGCUACACCCCUCCGCCGUCCACCUCGAGCACCGACGUCAGCUCACAGUCUCUGACCCCGGCCACGACGGCAGCCAGCGUGCCCCUGACCACUCCGGUGUCGGCACCUACCGCGGAAUCCCACAGGGUCUCGCCCAAGCCCUGGGAGGGCCGCUCGAUGACGCCCGUCAUCAUGGAGCGUUCCCUGACGCCUCAGCCGGCAGCACCCCAGCGGCCGGCAACCUCGCUCGGCCACAGGAGGGGGGCGUCCGAGUCGUCGAGCCUCGAGAGCCGCGGUCGCGCCCGCAAGAGGACCGAGCCUGUGCACAACCUCCCCCUGAGCUCUAAGCGGAGCGCUUCGCGCCUGGACGGGACACAGGAGCGCAAGGCCACGCUGGAGCGCAGGGCCUUUGAGGAGCUGCCCAGGGGUUUCCCACCCAGGGAGGCCGUCCUCAACCUCAGCGUGGAGGAGCUCGCGUCCGUCCACAGGCAGGCGUACGCCCAGGUCGAGCACUUUGAAGUUCUCAAGAUGCAUGACGUCGAGAGCCUUUCGAAGGAACUUCGCCGCCUCGACGAGCGCACAGAGUACCUGCGCCGCACAUACAACUCGCUCCGAUCGGGUCGUCGCAACCUCCAGGGCCGGAUAUGCCAGUUCCUGAGAUCGCCGCGAGUGGCCAAGUUCAGCCCGGAGUCGAUGCUGAAGCAGGAGGAGGCGUUGGCGGAGCUCGACGCCUCGAUCGACGACUGGGCCAACAAGCUAGAGAUGGCCGAGAACCGGCGCACCAGGGUCCGGCAGAAGCUGCUGGAGCACGUCGCAGCGGCGGCCAUCAUGACGACGUGCGGCUGCGAGCGGAGCAUCAGCCCCCCUCCGGCCCCCACGUCUGCUACCAGCACGGCCGGCAUCUCGACCCCGCCCAGAUCCCCUACGAAGGCCUCAUGCCGUUCCGCCGGAGGAGGGGGCGGAUCGUCGUCACCCUCCCCCCAGCGAAACGGAGCGCACGUGCCCAGCACGAUCCUUGAGAACCCCGUGGGCGAGGAGGCCGAGAACGGCGAGAGCAAGAGCAGCGGCGACAGGGGUCUCUCGGUCUCGCGCGUGGCCUCCCUCAAGCGGUCCGACGUGGAGAGCAUCCGCAUCUACGCAGGCGACGACAUCACCACGCUCCUGGCCAAUGUCGAGAACGAAAUCACCAGGCUGUCGCGCGAGAUCACCGACCCGGAGGAGGACAAGUGGCCCGACAUGCGCAGGAGGGCCAUCCACCGUCAGAAGAGCCACGAGCUCCUGAGCGGGUGGGCCGACGUGCCGCAGGUCGCGGCCAUGAAGGCCGUCAAGGGUGCCGCCGCCGCCGCCGCAGCAGCUGGAGCUGGAGCUGGAUCCUACGACAGAGCUGCUUCGCCUCCGCCACCUACGCCCCCAGCCAAGGAUUAG